UAACUUCUUUGUUUUGAAAAAAAAAACCUAGUUCGGUCUCUCUUGUCUCCGCGUACUACUAGGGUUCUUCUGCAUUCGCGCGAGCGACCUAGAGACAGAGAGAACACAAUCGUAGCUGUUCUGGACUGCGUUCGAUUGAGCGUGAAAUCCACAAGCAUCAAUGGCGGCGGUGGCGGGAACGUCCGUGGUGGUGCCGGCGAACAGAAAUCGCGGCGGUCGCAUGGACGAAGACGAGAAGCUAGUUUUCGAGACGAGUAAGGGCGUAGAACCCAUCAUGAGCUUCGACGAUAUGGGUAUCAAGGACGAUUUGCUUCGAGGUAUCUACAACUACGGCUUCGAGAAGCCAUCGGCGAUCCAACAACGGGCUGUUUUGCCCAUUAUUCAGGGUCGCGAUGUCAUUGCUCAGGCUCAGUCUGGUACCGGAAAGUCCUCCAUGAUUGCUCUCACUGUUUGCCAGAUAGUCGAUACUUCAUCGAGAGAGGUCCAAGCAUUGAUAAUGUCACCUACAAGGGAACUUGCAACUCAAACAGAGAAAGUUAUAUUAGCCAUUGGGAAUUUCAUUAAUAUACAGGCCCAUGCAUGCGUUGGAGGCAAAAGUGUGGGUGAGGAUAUCAGAAAACUAGAAUAUGGAGUUCAUGUGGUGUCUGGAACUCCAGGUCGAGUUUGUGACAUGAUCAAGCGGAGGACAUUGCGGACUAGAGCUAUCAAAUUAUUGAUUCUUGAUGAGUCUGAUGAGAUGUUGAGCCGAGGUUUUAAGGAUCAAAUUUAUGAUGUCUACAGAUACCUUCCACCAGAGCUUCAAGUUGUUUUGAUUUCUGCCACCCUUCCUAAUGAAAUUUUGGAGAUGACGAGCAAAUUUAUGACAGAUCCUGUUAGGAUUCUUGUGAAACGUGAUGAGUUGACUCUUGAGGGAAUCAAGCAAUUCUUCGUUGCAGUAGAAAGGGAGGAGUGGAAAUUUGAUACUUUGUGUGAUCUUUAUGAUACCCUUACUAUCACUCAGGCUGUUAUUUUCUGCAACACAAAGAGGAAGGUGGAUUGGCUAACUGAGAAGAUGCGUAGCAACAACUUUACUGUCUCUUCUAUGCAUGGAGAUAUGCCCCAGAAGGAAAGAGAUGCAAUAAUGGCCGAGUUCCGUGCUGGUGAAACCCGUGUUCUGAUCACAACAGAUGUUUGGGCUCGGGGGUUGGAUGUUCAACAGGUUUCUCUGGUGAUCAAUUAUGACCUUCCAAACAAUCGAGAGCUUUACAUUCAUCGCAUUGGUCGGUCUGGUCGUUUUGGACGCAAGGGUGUUGCAAUAAACUUUGUCAAAAGUGAUGAUAUCAAGAUUCUAAGAGACAUUGAGCAGUAUUACAGUACCCAGAUUGAUGAAAUGCCAAUGAACGUGGCUGAUUUGAUAUAAUGACCACUUGCGCAUGCACCCAAUAGGCAAAUCUUAAAAUUGUGUGAACAGGAUUGUGUUCAGUGUCUCCGGACCUUGGUUGGAUGUUUUCUAGGUGAUGGGUUCCAUGCUCUGGCGGUAUGUAGUUUUCCAGGUUUUGUAACAAGAAACAUUUGAGUGACUGUCAUACUCUGUAUUUAUUGAAUCGGUGUCUGAUGCUCUACAUUGUCGCGUCGUGUCAUUUCACAGAUUGCAGGGGGACAGUAUGGAAGACAAUCAUGACUCUUUAUCUUAAGGAUUGAUAUAUAUAUUUGACAUUGUUGGUUUGGAUUUUUAACGGAGUGAUCGAUGCAUUAUGACCCCUUUUUUUUUUGGUGGUUAGUGAGGAAUUGACAGUAGUAAAUUGUUUUUAAGAAUUUUUUUUUCUUGUAUUUUACCUUUGAACAAUUUCAGUUGCA